AUGGCAGACGACAAGGCUUUCCUUUCAGACACUCAACGCAACAAUAAUGCGUCUAGAGGCGAGAUGUUUCUAGGUGACUCUACGAAUGACACAGAUACGCGGGUCAUCCCAUCAUUGGAUGUCAAUGAUGGUGGCUUCGUCGCUUGGAAGACCGUUUGUGGAGCAUGGUGUCUCAUGUUUGCAACAUUUGGGAGAAUGACCAACUCGUUCGGCGUCUACCAAGAUUUCUAUUCUCGCGAAUACCUUACAAACUACUCUCCAUCAGAAAUAGGAUGGAUUGGCUCGACUCAGCUCUUCCUUCUAUUCUUCCUGUGCUGGCCCGCUGGAACUCUGUUUGACGUUGGUUACUUUCACCAUAUGAUCAUUACUGGUUCUAUCAUCUAUAUUUUCAGCCUUUACAUGCUCUCCUUGGCGAAACCGCAGCAAAUGUAUCAAGUUUUCCUCACGCAUGGGAUCGGUAUGGGACUAUCUCUGGGAGUUUUAUAUCUUCCCGGAGUUGCCGUUGUCUCGCAUCACUUUCAACGAAGGCGUACUUUUGCGAUGGGCAUUGUCAUGUCCGGAAGUUCUUGUGGCAGCCUACUUUUUCCAUGGCUGACCAAUCACUUGAUUCUCACGCAUGGGUUUGGAUUCGCGACUCGAAUCGCCGCCAGCAUUUGUUGCGGAAUGCUCAUCGUCGCCAAUCUUUUGAUGCGGACCACGUUGCCUCCAAAAAUGUCUGUCUUUAGCAUCAAAAAUUCGCUGAAUGACCUCGGAUCGCUACUCAAAGAACGCAAUUAUACGUUGUUUCUCUUGGCGUUCUUCCUUGGUGGAUUAGGACUUUACUUUCCGUUGCUAUACCUUCAGUUAUACGCCAUCAAGAAUGGAGUUGAAGCCAAUCUUGCCUUCCAUAUGUUCACUAUCUUGAAUGGCUCAGGCUUUCUGGGUCGACUGCUUCCUCCGCUGAUUGCGGACAUUUAUGGAGUGUUCAACGUCGCGAGUUUAUUCUCUGUUUUACAAACAGGUUUGCUUCUGUCGAUGAUUGGACUGACAUCUGCAAGUGGAAUCGCGGCUUUCGCAGCCUUCUAUGGUGCAGUCAAUGGAACCUGGAUUGCGGUGAUUGGCUCUUGUAUGGCGUCAAUGGCACCCUCACUUCAUGAAGUCGGAACUAGAAUGGGGGUCGGCUAUCUCGCAUGCUCUUUUGGCCUUCUCGCGUUUUCGCCUAUCUCUGGUGCCAUAUUGGGACCAGACUACCACUGGACAUGGACAAUUCUGUUUCAUGGGCGUCUACUCCAGAAGAGAUCAAGAGGAGAUGCGAACAUUGAGCUUGUGAAAUUGCAUCAUCCUGAUUCAAAUCCGUCGGAAGACGCUGAGGAAAGAUUUCACGCCAUUACAGAAGCCUAUAACUUUCUUCUGACGCAAUCUGGCUCUCCUCGCAAUGGCGGAAUGCAAGCGAUGUUCGAUGCGCAAGCCGAGGAGGUACGGAAACGGCUUGCCACGUGGAAAGCAAACGAAGCACGACGAGCAACCUCUGUAUUCGACAAAGAGCGUACCCAACGAGCCCUAGACGCGGAAAAAGGGGCAUGGACCUGGUGGAACUCUGACGCUACGUUGUAUUACCUAUUGGGCGGCGCUGCUCUCGCGGUCGCUGUGAUGCACAUCCAGAGUCGUUCAGCUCCCGUGCAGAAGGAGCGACUACGAAGAUAUAUCGAACUACGUAAAGAGGAGUCACGCAAGGACAGUGAAUAA